UGUUACUUAGUUAACAUUUCUAUUAAAUAAGCUAACAAACCAACAAUUUUUCAUAUGCUCUUUGAUAUCUCAAGAGAUUAACAGAAAUCAAGAUUGUAAUACGUUUUCCUAAUUUAUUAUGAGUGAAAUACGGAAUGAAGUUAUAACACAACUAUUAGACAAAUUCAAACUCUUGCACUUAUAUCCUGGGAAAAGAGACUACUUUACGUAUAUUAUGGUUAUUGUGUGCAGUAUUUUACGAUGUGUCCAAUGGAUAUUUGCUGCAAAACUAAUUGCAACCAAUACUGGUUCGGUUGUGACAAUGACAAUUGGAGCUAAGUCUAUCGCAGUGAACUUUCAAGCUACUAAAAUAAUGGCAUUGCUUCAUGAAAAUGAUCUUGUUUACUUGCUAAACAAUAUGGACAAAUUUUGGCACUCCGAUGAAGCCGAAACAGUCUACAAGUACUGCAAACUCUUUUUGCGAAUUUUUACUCAAUCCGUUUUCUUUACAUACAUUGCGAUUCUAUUAGUGCCUAUAUUUAUCUUGAAGAUCUUGCCUUUCAAUGGAGAUUACCCUGUGUUUCCGUAUUCGUUUUGGAUAUUCUCUUUUAUGCAAUUAUUCCAGUUUACCUAUGACGUAUGCAUCGUGUUGUGCGUCGACUGUUUUUUCCUGUGUGUUUCUUUUUUUGUUUACAUGCAAUUUAAGAUAUUGAAUGAAAGAUUUGCAAAACUUGGAUUCGAUCACGAGAUACUGUACAGUGAGGCUAAAAUUUGCGUUAAAUAUCAUAAGUUCUUGUUAAGAUAUACAGAAAAAUUUAGUCAUAUGUAUUCUCAAGCCUUGUUAGCACAGUAUUGCAUAACUUCAAUCAGUGUCUGCAUAGAAAUCUUCGUUUUUACCAAACAAGAGUUUUCGCAAAUGCCAGCCAGUAUAUUAUAUGUAUUGUCUUUGAUUUUACAACUUUCUCUGUAUUGUUUUCCUGCUGACUUGGUCAGUGAAGAAGUUUUUUUGAUACAAAAUCCAUCUCUUUCUAUAAGCGAACUGAGAUGGCAAGUAACGACCGCCAUUAGCCGCGAAGUUAGCCGAGCGACGCACGACAAUUCACGAAAAGCUCUUAAUGUAAGUGAAGCAAUCAUAAAUUCAAAUUGGUACAACUACCCAAAGUUUUCAAAAAUUUAUGUUCAAAAUAUUCUCCAGCGAUCCCACAAAAGAGUGAAAUUUUCUGCUGGCGGACUGGUUGUAUUAGAUAAAGUAGCAUUUACGAUGAUUUUUAAAUGGUCACUAUCGCUUUACACUUUAAUGCGAGAUAUUGAAAAAAUAGUUGAAUAAACGUAAACAUUUCUGAUUGAAGAAAAAAAAAACAUAAACCUUUACAAUCUUUCAAUUUAAAAAUGAAUAUCAUUCAUUAAAAGCAUUGUUUAAUUAUUUAUGAAGAACAUUUUCUUGGAAUUAAUUGUUUCCAGUUUAAUUAAACCGAAUGUAUCAAGUGACCACCGAUUAUUUUUGCGUUUGUAUCAACUGCACCCAGUACUAUAUAAGAACAUGCAUUAUUAUUAAGACAUUUUAAUUUUAGAACGAUUCGAAUUUGUAAUCGCAAAUCAUUUACUUAAAUAAUACAUUAUGCCCUGCUAUUAUUCCGUGUUAAAUAAUUAUUCAUAUGAAAUUGUGCAGUCAAUUAUUGUUAAUUCUUUAAUAAAUUCAUGUGCUUGGCCUAAGACAUAUCCAUUACAAAAAUCACAAUGACAAGUUCAGCAGCAGACAAACUUGUUUCACUACUUCUACGCAGUAUGCGUUUAAUGCAAAUAAUUCCUGGGAGAAAAAAAAGCAUUGGUAGAGAUUUUCUGGCCUUUUAUAUGAUGAUUUCAAAUAUAGUGCAAAUAUAUUAUGCUGGUUUGUUGGUAAUUAGAAAUAUUCAUAAUAUUCUUAUCGUGGCCACUGGUGUUAAGACAAUUGCUGUUUGUUGUCAAAUAUUAAAAUUAUUCGCACUUUUACGUGUUGAAGAUAUACAAUAUUUAUUAGACAAUAGAAGACGAUAUUGGCAUUCUGAGAUAACUGACACAAUCAAUACUAAUGGAUAUACAUUUAUAAGUAUUUUCUUCAGGCUAAUGGCGAGUUGUUAUAUUUUUCUAGUUUUGUUACCUCCUCUUUUAAAAAUCCUGCCUUUCGAUGUUGAUUAUCCUGAAGGACCUUAUAUGUUUUGGGUAUUUGCUGGUUUGCAAUACAUUAACUUUACUCAUACUUUUGUGCUGGUAGUAUCAACGGAUUGUUUCUUUUUGUGCUUAUCGUUCUUCAUUUAUGGGCAGUAUAAAUAUUUAAAUAAAAGAUUGGAAAGUCUAGGUACCCGACCAUUCGUUAUGUAUGAAGGAACUGCAUGUGCGAAGCAUCACAGCUUUUUACUGGAAUAUACGGAGAGAUUUGGAAAAAUGUUUCAGACAACGUUGCUUGCACAAUACGGCAUUACAACUAUUAGUGUGUGAGUCGAGUUAUUUGUACUUUCGAAACAAAAUCCUACUGGUCUGCUUGUAAGUGGAUUAUACUUAAGUGGUUUAUUAUUUCAACUGGGUUUGUAUUGUUUUGCUGCUGAAUUAGUUAUCCAAGAAUAAUUUUAAACUUUAGAAAAUAUAAUUUAGCUUUAAUUAAUUAUAUUUUAAUUAACAGUCGCUGAAUUCAUCACAAGCAAUAUUCAACUCAAAUUGGUAUAACCACCAAAAUUUUGCAAAUACAUUCGUUGUGCAGAUUAUUCGUCGAUCACAGAAAGUGAUCGUGUUCAGUGCUGGCGGACUUGCCGAUAUAAAUCGAGUGGCAUUUACAGUCAUAUUCAAAUGGUCGUUCUCUCUUUUCACUCUAAUGCGUGACAUUGCAGAAAUUAUAGAAUAAGUUACGCACCAAAUAAAUCAAUAUUAUUGUUCUUUAAAUUGUACUAUUUACAAUGUGUAGUAGCAGAAUGCGCGUCAAACAAUUUGAAAAAUAAAAAAAAUA